ACACCUUUAUUUUCUUCUCUCCACAUCAUGUUUGCAAGAGUUUCACACCUCAACUCUGAAGAAGCGAUCUGAUGGAGGUACGUUUCACCGUUUAACCUUGGUGCCUUAAUUCCUUUGCAAGAUCAUCAUUUCUGCUCUCCAACUUUCUUCAUCUUCUUCGCCACAGUAAAUAUAAUCCAUUUGUAUACUGAAGUGCUGGGGAAUCUCGUCUGUAAUAAAUUAUAAAUUUUGCUGCACUUGAUUUUCUAGUCAUGACAGCUUCUGCAGAUUCCCUGUCAUUUUUCGGUGAAUAAAUAGACUUCUUAUAAAGUGCCAAGACUUAUAUUCUACUGAACUGUCAUUCCAUGAUGUUCCUUUCAAAGGAGAUAUGAUUGCCUUUGCCUCUGCAUUUGGUGGAUGCCUUGAUUGGAAAAGAUGCUUCAUCAUGCACUGGGUGCAUUCAUCCAUCACUUCUGUUUACUGUUCAUGCAGUGAUGAAUGCUUGCUGGUCACUGAUGUCUCUAUAUGUACCGAUAGCUUUGAGGUUUCUUCUCCAGUCUCCAACAUCACCGUUUUCUGGUUGAGCUUCUUCACUAAGGUUCAAUAAUAGGAAGUAGUACACCGUCACUCUAGUCUGUGCUCAUGAUUUCAGGGGGAGAAAAGGACUGAGCUAACAAGAAACUAAUCUUUAGCGAGAAUGCAAAUUUCAGUUGUCAUGGCUAGAAAUGGUGGUUCCCGAAUGAAGAAACCUUGUGAUUGUUGCAAAAGAUACUUGGACCAUUUAGAUGGAAAGAAUCAAAGUAUGAGCUGCUUCCUUAGGCAUAUGACUGCCAAUUUUAAGCAUAGCAUGGUCAUGCCGAACAGAUUUCUGAAGAACUUCGCUGGAAAGUUGUCAGGAACCAUCAAGUUAGUCUCCCCUAACGGUAGUCUAUAUGAUGUUGAAGUUACAAAGCGCUUUAAUAAGGUAAUGCUCCGACAUGGAUGGGGGGAUUUUGUUGAUGCCCAUCACAUAGAAGAGAACAACUUCUUGCUGUUCAGACACAUUGAGAACUCACUUUUUGAGGUUCUAAUCCUCGAUGCUGAUGGCUGUGAGAAAGUGUUUUCUUGUGCUGGCAUAAAAAACACCCAAAGUGUUCAAGAUAAAAUAGUAGAUUCUGUUUAUAUUUCAAGCAGCUCUUUUCAUGACCCCACGGAAUCAUCAGCAAGUGAAAGACUAGUUAGAUGCGAGAAGGGUGGCUCCAGUCAUCGUGAAAAAACUGCAAAGAUGGUUGCAACAUCCUCAUCGUCUGAGAGCUCAGGGGAAGACAAUUUAUCGGAAAAUGAAUCUUUUCAGUUGGAUGAUCUCCAGACCAACCCAGGGCCUAAUUAUGUUUUAUCCCGUGGAAGUUAUCUUUCUAAAGCACAAGAGGAGAGAGUAAUGGCGCUUAUACAGGAAAUUCAACCUGAAAGUACUGUUUACGUAGCAGUCAUGAGGAAAUGCCAUAUUUUGAAACCAGGUCCUUAUCUGGCAAUUCCUAAGGGAUAUGCAUUUGGACAUUUCCUGCAUGAAAGAACAAAUGUUACACUUCAGAGGCCAGGCAAGAGCAAGAAGUGGCACCCCAGAUUCUACCAAAGGAAAGAUAAACGUAUGUACAUGCUCAGAGGACAGUGGUUAGACUUUGUCCGUGACAAUCAUGUGCAGGUGGAAGAUAUCUGCAUACUUGUACCAGCGAAGGGUGGGAGAAGAUUCACAUUUACAGUCUAUCUACUUCACGCAACAGCAACUCAUUCCAGGGGUGGAACUGCUUUUCAAAGGGUUGGGUCGUUCCAUGGUAGAUCAAGCACAAAGAUGGCUUCAGCUGUUCAUAUUAAGGAGGCAUCAAGCGAUGACCAUGUUUCCUCGGACAGUGACAAGGAUGAAGCUUCUCACAAAUCUCUCAAGAGCAACUCUGGUGGUCCUUCGGAGGCUCCCUACAUUGUAUCAUCCAAGAGCUGUCUAUCUCAAUCCCAAAAGAAGAUUGUUGAAGAGAAAGUGCGAGCCAUUCAAUCUGAAGUCCCCGUUUUUGUGGCAAUCAUGAAGAAGAUGAAUGCUGAUGUCACUUACCGUUACUGCAUUAUGGAAUUAGGAAAACGAUUCGCGGCCCCACAUCUUCCACAUAGAGGGCAAACUGUGCUGCUCCAGUGCAUGAAGAAGGUAUGGAAGACCAAAAUGGUGAUCCAUAGUGGAAGUAGAAGGUGGUUCCUAGUAGGAGGCUGGACCACUUUUGUUCGUGACAAUGGUCUGCGAGUAGGAGAUAUCUGUUUGUUUGAACUCAAGAAGAAAGGGGAGCUUACCAUGAGGGUCCAUAUCAUCUCCAGGGAGCAGUUUUAGUUUAAGUACAAAGUGUUGCACCUCCUGUUGUUUCUGUCGGUACUUUGCGGUGGCUUAUUUUGCUUGUUUUGUAGUCUGGAAUUCAUCCAUGGUUGUGGCUGAACUGAACUUCGAAAGGAGUUAGGGACCGAUAUGUAUGAUCAACUCUCUGAUGGCGAUGCACUACCCAUCCUAAUUCCUAAGACGCUUUAGUGAUUUCGGUGUUAGCUUUCUUUGGUGAUUGCUUUGUGUACGUGAUGAACAGUUUGUCAGGCUGACAAAUGCAACGCCUUUUGCUCGCUA